AUGGCCAUGGAUACGGAUACGAUCCCAAACCUGCUGGGCGACGCGCGGGACCAGGCGCCCGAGGAGCUGCAGGAGUACUUCAUCGCCUUCGAGGACUACUGGGAGCGAAAGCUGUGGCACGAGCUGACGGACAAGCUGAUUGAAUUCUUCGACCACCCCGACAGUGCCAAGCAGCGGAUACCCUUCUUCGAGACGUUCAUCAAGAGCUUCGCCAACAAGAUCAAUCAGCUCAAGCUCGUGACGCUGGGGCUCAACGCGGCCUCGCAGAUCAAGGACGAGAAGGAGCGCCUCACCUUCGUCGACAACCUCGCCAAGAGCGUCAACAAGCCCGCCUCACAGGACGCCUACGUCUACGCCACAGUCGCUGCCGCCAGCAUCCAGCUGCGGCCCGCCAUACGCGACGAGGAGGGUGCCAAGAAGAAGCUGGACGAGUGCGAGCAGAUACUGGACGGCUUCGACUCGGUAGAGACAGUAGUGCACGCGUCCUUCUACCGCACAAGCGCAGAGUACUACAAGUCAAAGCACGAGUUUGCAGCCUACUACAAAAACGCCCUCCUCUUCCUCGCUUGCGUCGACCUCAACGACCUGGAGCUGCGCGACCGCCAGUCCCGCGCCUACGACCUCAGCAUCGCCGCCCUCGUCUCCGACUCCAUCUACAACUUCGGCGAGCUGCUCCUACAUCCCAUCCUCGACUCGCUGGUCAACACGCCUCACGCAUGGCUGCGCGACCUCCUCUUCGCCUUCAACCGUGGUGACCUGAUCGCAUACGACGUGCUUGCAGGCAACAUCUCCAAAGUCCCACUUCUCAAAGAGCACCAGACGUUCCUCUACCAGAAGAUCUCCCUCUCCGCCCUCACCGAGACUGUCUUCCGCCGCCCACCACACGACCGCGCCAUGACCUUCACCGAGAUAUCCCAGGAGACAAAGGUGCAGCCAAAGGAGAUUGAGCACCUGAUUAUGAAGGCGCUGAGCUUGGGUUUGCUGAGGGGCCAGAUCGAUCAGGUUGCGGAGAUUGCACGCAUCAACUGGGUGCAACCGAAGGUGCUGGAUAUGAAGCAGAUUGAGAGCAUGAGGGGACGGCUGAAGGAGUGGGAUGCUAGCGUCAACCAGCUCGGCAACUGGAUCGAGGGGGUGGGUAAAGAUGUUUGGGCUGCUUGA